UACUGCGAAGAGUAUGGGAUGGUACACGUCCUUUCAGAGAAGGGGAGCAGCAAAGGAAAAGAUUACUGUAUCCUCUUCAACUCUCAGUGGGCCCAUUUGCCACAUGACCUGGGUAAAGCUUCACUCUUGCAACUGCAGGACCAGACAGCAUCUGUUUUGUGUUCUCCUUCUGAUGUACCUGAUGGGGGAUUUAAUAAUCAAAUCCCCAUGGUGAUGCGAGGGAAUUGCACCUUCUAUGAGAAAGUGAGGCUUGCUCAGAUAAAUGGAGCUCGUGGGCUGCUCAUUGUUAGCAGAGAGAGACUGGUCCCUCCUGGGGGUAACAGAAGUCAAUAUGAAGAAAUCGAUAUUCCUGUGGCUCUGCUCAGCUACACUGAUAUGUUAGAUAUUGGCAAGAGUUUUGGCAGCUCGGUGAAAGGGGCGAUGUAUGCACCAAACGAGCCUGUGCUAGACUAUAACAUGGUGAUUAUAUUUGUCAUGGCUGUGGGGACUGUUGCAAUUGGAGGCUACUGGGCAGGAAGCAGAGAUGUGAAAAAGCGGUACAUGAAGCACAAACGUGAUGAUGGGGCAGAGAAACAUGAUGAUGAAACAGUGGAUGUGACUCCAAUAAUGAUCUGUGUAUUUGUAGUGAUGUGCUGCUCAAUGCUGGUCCUCCUUUAUUUCUUCUAUGACCACUUAGUCUAUGUUAUCAUAGGAAUAUUCUGCCUGGCUGCCUCAAUUGGUCUUUACAGUUGUCUGUCUCCCUUUGUAAGAAGAUUCCCCUUGGGCAAGUGUAGAAUCCCAGACAACAACCUGCCUUAUUUUCACAAGCGUCCGCAGGUCCGGAUGUUGCUGUUGGCAGUAUUUUGUAUCGCUGUCAGCGUAGUCUGGGGCAUCUUCAGAAACGAAGAUCAGUGGGCCUGGGUUCUGCAAGAUGCUUUAGGAAUUGCUUUCUGUCUUUACAUGUUGAAAACCAUCCGCCUGCCUACAUUUAAGGGCUGUACCUUGCUGCUCCUGGUUCUUUUUGUGUAUGAUGUAUUCUUUGUAUUUAUCACACCUUUUCUGACAAAGACUGGGGAGAGUAUAAUGGUGGAGGUGGCUGCAGGCCCAUCUGAUUCUGCUACUCAUGAAAAGCUCCCAAUGGUCCUGAAGGUUCCGCGACUGAAUUCCUCUCCCUUGGCUCUCUGUGACAGGCCUUUUUCUCUCCUAGGAUUUGGAGACAUUUUAGUUCCAGGCUUACUGGUAGCCUAUUGCCAUAGAUUUGAUAUUCAGGUGCAGUCAUCCAGAGUCUAUUUUGUAGCCUGCACAAUAGCAUAUGGCAUAGGCCUUCUUGUGACCUUUGUUGCCUUGGCAUUGAUGCAGAUGGGCCAGCCCGCUCUCCUCUACUUGGUGCCCUGUACUCUUCUCACAAGCUUUGCUGUGGCUCUUUGGAGAAAGGAGCUUGCAAUGUUCUGGACGGGCAGCGGCUUUGCGAAAGACCUACCUCAGCCUCCCUUGGUGAUAGCUCCUGUCAACUGCCCUGAGCUUCCCAAAGACAGCAACGCACCAGCCUCUCAACAAGACACAGAGCAAAUGACCAACCCUACCCUCCAUGUGAAGGAGCUGCAUGGCCCCACCUCAGCUCCAGAGGAGCUGGCUGAUACCGACACAAAGACGGACCGGUCAGAAAUUUCUAUUGCACAGAGUGAGGAACCAGCUGCUCAGAAUAAGGACGACCUUGAAAGCAAAUGCCUAAAUGCAGAGCAAAAACAGCUGGAAUAAACAAUGUGAUAAGAACUCCUUAUUUUCCCUCACAAACAUAUCCAUGUAAAACCAGUAUAUAAUUAGGACUGGUUUAGUAGUGUUUGCGUUCAUUGAGGAACCUCACUGGGAGUCUGAUCAUCAAAUCCAACAACGAAUGUUCUGCCUCCAGCUUCGGUACAGCUAUACACUUCAAAUAUCUUUCUGAAAUAUGGUGCUCUACAAGGGUUCUGAUGUAUGGAUUUCAAUGAUCAUUUUAUUAGGGAAUGCCUUUGGCCGUUCCAUUUUCAUUAUACCAGGGUAGUAUUAAGAGUCUUUAUUUACACAGUACUCUGUGCUUGUGUGGCUAUUUUGCUGCUUUAGCAUAGUGUAGGUUAACAUGGAGGAAAAGCAUUGAACAAGUCUGCUGCAAUGCUUAGUUGAGAGAAACAUUAUAGGGUUUUUUUUAGCACUUUCCCUAUUGUCACCUUUUUACUUUACUUUUCCCUACUUGUCAAAGCCAUUGAUACAAGGGAAUGCUUUAGAAUAAACUGACAUUCAGGAAAUGCAGAGAAUGGUUAAAUUACCAGCCUCUGAAAGGAUUUAUACUACCAUGGUGCAUUAAAUGCAUCUCUUAACUUUUUUGUCUUUGUUUUUACUUCCAGGUACUUUGGCUACUAGUCUAGUUUAAAAGGCAGGACGCAUGGAGCUACAGGAAGCUUUCUAAGCACUCGUAUGAACUCUAGGGGCUGUCUCUGAAAAAAAACAGUGUUUGUCACAGAGCACUGUCUGGAAGCAAAAGCAUAUUAAGAAGGUUUAAAGUUUUAGGAUAACAUACAAGCCAAAUAGGUAAGAAAAUAGGUAGUAGCACUAUGCGCAGCUUACUAGGCAGUAUUUUUGUUGGGAAAAUGUUAAAGCAGUAAAAGUUCAUAUGUUUUGGGUUUUGAGCUUCUACUUGUUAUUUGUCUAAGGAAUAUAAUUGCAAUUUCUAAUUCUGAAGAAAAUAAUCUGGUGUUUUCAUUCCCAAGGGAGCACAUAUGGUGCUAUAGUCAGGUGAGAUUUAAAGCUACUUGCUGCUCAGUAACGUAAUCAACUGCCUCAGUCAUGUUUUGUCUUUGUCCUAAGAGUAGCCAAAGCAUGGCCUGUCAGGUUCUGGAAUGAGGCUGUGAUCUAGCCUAUUAUUUUGCACCUCUUGCUACAUGACAUUGCGAAGGACUAAAUUUAUGAAUUUAAAACUUUUUGGGGUGCAGCUGGUCUUACUUUAUGUCCCUGAAAUUGUGUGUGUUUUCUUGUAUAACAUGGUCGAGUCUGCUAUGCAUCAACUUUAGUACACAUAGAGGGAUGAUGUGAUUUGUGUAUUACUUUUUCCAUCUAAAACCAUUUGGCUUUAUCAAAGGUGUCUGUUCUACAUGUAAAUUGCAAUCCCAGAAAGCCUCAAAGACUUCACAUUAAAACUGAAAUAGAAAAUGGAAUCAUGUUCUAGGAUCCUAGAACACUUCCAAAUUGCAUGGAAGAAAUACUCUUCAGAGUAUUGGAGAGCCCAAAACAUCAUUUACAAAAGUAUCAUCGUAGUGACACAAUCAGAAGCAAUGCUUUUAAAUUAAGAGUCUCCAGUUGGCACGUUGAGUUGGAUUCUGAAGGGCUCUCUUUUAAUGUCUGUGUGUUAAAUAUUAGCCACUGUCUUUUUGGCUAGGUCUUCCAAAAAUUCGCCCUGUGCUUUUUGGAUGAUAACUUCUGUUCUUACCUGUUUCACGUUGGGUCAGUAGUAUUCUUUCUCUAGAACGUGAAAAGCUUUCUGUAAAACCACACUACGGCUUCAGCGUUUUACCAACUCCUGCUUAAAGCCUCAAGCCCUGUCUGCUAAGUUGACUUAAUGGUGAGUUCCUUGAAAGGCUUCCUGAGUCCAAAGGCCUGCACUACAUUUAAUUUACAAAUCGCCCUCACGGAAGAUGGUAGUACUAAAGAGAUCUGGUUUUCAACCUCCUCUUUAAUGGACUAUGUUACUUUUGCCAGCAGUAAUCUGAACCAAUUAUUACUAAUAAAAAGCGACAGAGACAUUUUACUGAAAACUUCAGCCAGCUGGAUUAUGCCUUAAUUUAAACCAUUGUAUAAGUAUGUAUAUUAAAUUAAGAAAACAAUCUUGUGUUUAAAUAAUGAACUUGACAAAUAGCAAGAAAACAAGUUUGGAGACUGACUCAGAGUUCUAUGUUCUUUUGCCUUGAUUCGUCUUUCAGUCAUAAUGUCAUUUGGAAUAGCUUUUUAUAUACUUAAAAGCCAGUAGCUUUCUGAUGAUGAAGCAUUGAGUUUUAUCACCUACUUGAACAUGUAUUUUAACAUUUGCUCUCAUAUCUUGUGGGUUAGAAAACAGUUUAUUUCUCAAAUUGUUUAUAACUCAAUUAAAAUGGAAGAAUUCGUAACACUUCACUUGUAGGCAUUUAACAGUUGCUUUGUUCACAUUGCAGUCUAGAUAGAUCUGCUUGGAGCAUGUGCUUCACCUUAUGUCUCUGGGGGUUUUCCAUCUGGUUUUAAGCGUGGGUUUGGGUUUUCUUCUUUUUUUGCCCCCUCAAACUAACAAAGAACAAUGCGGGGAAAAAACCUUAUAGCUACUCAAUGCAAUAUCUCCAGUUAAAGUAUGUAAACUGGCAAUGAGUUACGUACUUUGACUAUUCCAGUACUGUACAAAUCAGGUGACCCUGGUGCACUGGUUUUGCUGUGACUGUUUGGACCCUGAUCCUGGGCAAUUCAAUCACUUCCAUCAGAAACCAAGGCUGUGCUUUUUUUGUCUUUCAAAAACCUCCCUGCCCACCUUAAUGUAAAACUUAAUGUUGUAUAGGAAAAUGUGAAGAUACAUUGUGUGGCUGAGUCCGAUUUUAUUUGACGAUUGCAGAUACACGUCCCACACUAAACUUGAGUUAAAAUGCUCAAAGUAAUGGAAGUAAUGUUAAAAGUAAUGCUGAUGUGCUUCUUGUUUACAUCUUUCUUGUCCUAAGCGUUUAGCUAACUAUCUAAAAAUUCAAUAAUAAGGAUUCACUUGUAUGUGUUCAGGGGAAGCGCUUGCUUUAGUCAAAAAAACCCCCAAACAAACAAAAAACCAAUAAUCAAGCCCAAUAAAAAAAAAUAUAGUAAACCCUCCCAAUCCAAAGAAAUCUUUGGAUCGCAGUCGUGAGGAUCAGAUUCUUUCCUGGGUCUGAAAUUACUAAAUAUCAGCGUGUUGGACCAAGUGUUUGGUUUUGACUGUGUCUUCCUGAAGGGUUGCACAAAUGCAGCUGGAGGCAGAACGCAACCUGAAAGACUUUACUAAGGGUGAUAAAUAAGGAAGAAGUAUCCCAAACCCUUUUUUAAUUUGGGGGGAUUUUUUUUUGUCACAAAUUAAGAGCAUUUUAAAUGAAAAACAUAAAAAAGAAACAGAAGAAAUCUAUACAUUCUGGUUUUACCAGUGACAGUAAAAAAGAGCACAUCAACAUCUGUAAGGGUUAGAUUUGUGAAAAUAUUGAAUGCUUCCUCUAAACUUGGGCAAAUGCCAGAAGACAGAGAAUCUGCAGCACAACAUGUUCGCCAAUAGUUUUAUUAAUGUGUCUAAAAGAAAACUUCGUUUAGAAGCUUUAGAAGAAUGGCUUUACUGCUUUUCCUUCCUUCUUUUUAUUUUAACCAUACCGUAUGUCUUGAACUUUUUACGUGAUGUCUUGGUCUCACAUCAUCAGUCGAGCUUUUCCCUCAGAAGCUGCUCUUUUCUUACUGUCGCCCUCGGUGUGUCUUUUGCCUCGAACGCCUUGCAAGUCUUGACAGCAUCUUUCAGAUGUGCACAUUUCUGUGUUUUAGGUCUGGUUUUUGCAUCCCUGGUACACUGCUCAAGGUGAGGACGUCCCAUGACUAUCAUGGGAGUGCCGGUAGGCUGCUAAGUGUGCUGGGAAAGCAAUUAGCUAGUAACCAGUAUUGGAAUAACACGAUUUUGAGCUUUAAGAAUGUGGCUGCAUUCGUUAAUGAAUUAAUACACCAUUGGGGGAAUGCUGUGUAUUCACCUGCAGCUCUUUGUUCUGUAGUAUUUGAUGGGCAACAGAAUGCUGAGAGAAUGUAAAGGUAGGAAACUAUUUAACCGCAAACCGUGUUCUCCUAUAGGUUCUUGCUUUGAAAGCUCUUUCAAAACACAACUCUUGGGUCUGCAUAUGUGCUCAGUGUCUCCUGGAUGUCUCGCCCUAUGGUUUGUAGAAUUUUCCUGGCUAGACAACUUAAAAAAAGGGGAAGAAAAAAAAAAAAAGGCAGCCUAUAUUGGGUGUUUGGCAGAAGUGUUGCCUUGAAGUAAGUGCUUACCUGCAGCUAUUUUAGCACAAGAUCCUGAAGUUUCGUUCUUGUCCAUCUUCUCUUUAGACCCGUGGUUGGAUAGCGCAUAGAUUUCUGGUUUCUUGCACUAUGUUGGCUGUUUAGGAUGUAAAGCCCUGUAAUAUUUCUUUUUAAUGGCAGCUUUCUUGAUUAUCAAUUAAUGAAACAGAGUAUUUUGUUUACGCUUUCAUCGGUUGGCAUGUUCCUUGUAGUACAUUUGUGGGUGAAUAAGCUGGCUUAGCAGUAAUGAGUAACUACUGCAUAUUGACAGGCAUCCCAUUGACACAAGUAAGCAUUUGAAAAGCAGACGUAUCAGCAGAUCCAAAUAUUUGCCCAAAAACCUGCAGAGAUGGUGCCUUUCUCCAUGACAAAUACAAUCUCUGAUGUUUUAAAAUAAAAAUCUGUGUAAGGGCUGCAUCCUCAGGAAAAUGAGGACACUGUUAUUAGUCCAGAAGAGAACAGAACUGUCAUCAGAGGUCCAGAAACCACCAGCAACAAGGAAAGAAUAAUCUGUAGGUAUUUUAUCUAGAGUGUAGUUUCCCAGCUGGCUGGCAGACAUGAAGCAGAGAGUCACGCUAACAAGCUCUUUGGCUUUUCAGUUUAGGCUCCGUGCCAAUGCUUCUAGGUAGGAUGGAGAGGGAAAGGAUAAGGAAAAAGUGAAGGUGGAACAUGUCCAGAGAAGGG